AGUGUUGUGUAGUGGUCUCUCAUACAUCAUUUUGUUGCUCUUCAUUCAUGAAAAUGAAACUUUUUUUAUGCUAGUUUGUUCAUGUGGGUAAUCUUGUUUGAUGAUAUCUUACUUUUUGUGGAGCUUGAAGAGGAAGAAUGCUUUGGUGUUAGUGAAGACUCAAUCAUAUCAAAGAUGAUGAAAUAAGCAAGGUUAUACUUUUUUGAAUUUUGACCAUAGAAAAAGUGGGAAAAAAAGCAAAAGCAAUAAACUUUGUCCCUUUGACAGCAUUUUCAUUCAACCUUCCUUUUCUUUCCCACACGCUUCUUAUCCUUCCACACUUUCUGCACACUCUUCAAUUCAUCAAACCAAAAAAAAACAUUCAUUUUUUAGAGGGUAUUCAACAAUGCUUUCGUAUGAGAUGGAUAAUCCAUUGAUGGGUUUUGAAACAUCUUUCAAAGGUUGUUUUUCUAGUGUCUUAGACACUGAAAAAAUGGAUCUCAAGUUGAUAAUUGAAGAGCUUGAUUCAAUUGAUGAUGUUCCUUAUGUGUUUAUAUGUCCAAUCUCACUUGAACCAAUGCAAGAGCCUGUUACACUAUGCACAGGUCAAACCUAUGAUAGAUCCAACAUCCUUAAAUGGUUUUCACUUGGUCACAAAACAUGUCCAACAACAAUGCAAGAGUUAUGGGAUGAUUCAAUCACUCCCAACAACACUCUCAAACAAUUGAUCUUUACUUGGUUCUCACACAAGUACUUAGGAAUGAAGAAGAAGCUUGAAGAUGUUCAAGGAAGAGUUUUGGAAACAUUGGAGACACUCAAGAAGGUAAAGGGUCAAAGUAGAGUCAAAGCUCUUAAGGAUCUUAGAAAACUUGUUGUUUCUCAUGUUUGUGCUAGGAAAACAUUGUUGGAAAAUGGUGGGGUUGGUUUGGUUUGUUCUUUGUUAGGUUCUUUUACUUCACAUGUUGUUGGUUGUGAAGCUAUUGGUAUCAUUGUGAAUUUGGAUUUGAGUUUAGAAUUGAAGAGAAAACAUCUUAUGCAUCCAGGUAAAGUUUCAUUGGUUGUUGAUAUCAUGAAUGAGGGAACUAUUGAAACAAAGAUGAAUUGUGCUAAAUUGAUUGAAAUGUUGUUGAUGGAAUUGGAAGGAAAUGAAACUAUGGUUGAGAUUGUUUCAAGUUUGAGUCUUUUGGUUGGAUUAUUGAGAUUAGUGAGAGAUAAGAAACAUCCAAAUGGAGUCUUAAUUGGUCUCACAUUGCUUAAGAAAGUAUUAUGUUGUCAUGAAUCAAUUAGAAGUUCUAUGAUAAGCAUAGGUGCAAUUCCUCAAUUGAUUGAGAUUUUACCAAAUUUGAACAAUGAGUGUUUGGAGAUAGCACUUUAUAUAUUAGAGGUAUUGUCAACACUUGAAGAAGGGAAAUUGGCAUUGAAAGAAUGUCCAAACAUUAUACCUAAUGUGGUAAAGAUGUUGAUGAGAGUCUCAGAAAAUUGUACACAAUUUGCAUUGUCAAUAUUGUGGGCUAUUUACAAACUUGCACCUGAAGAAUGUGCUUCAAAGGCUGUGGAAGCUGGAUUGGCUUCAAAAUUAUUGCUUGUGAUUCAGAGUGGUUGUAAUCCUGUUUUGAAACAGAAAUCUUCUGAGUUUUUGAAAAUGUGUAGUGUGAAUUAUUCUACUAGUAUUUUUAUUUCUAAGUGUAUGCUUACUACAACAAUACAAUGAAAAAUAAGAAAUUUGUUCAUAUACA